AUGGCAAAGGAAACCAAUACAAACCCUACAGUCAGAAUUCUAGUGAUAGGAACAGCUGGUGCCGGGAAGAACUGCCUGGAGUCGAGAUUCACGACAUCACAGUAUCCUCCGCCCUACGAUCCAUCUCUCACGUUGUGCAGCCGACGCUUCCUCACCCUGGAGCCAAAACCAUCAAGCGGUGGCGACUCCCGUUCGUCGGCGCUCCCAGCGCUGCGUGUCUCGACUGAUUUCCGUGAAUCUACGCCCUCGCUGCUAUCACCGCCAGACUCCGCAGGUCCAGCAAGCCCCAUCUCGGACCCCGUGUCGCCAAUCUCGUUCGUUAGCACGACAUCAACGCUCAACACCAGCACAACGAGCAUCCCAGGCUCUGCUUCCUUCGGUCGCGAAAUUGGGCUACCCAAAUCACAGCCGUGCAUCAAAUGUGAACGCAGAGCGAACACCUACCUAGUAGAGGUGGUCAACUACCCGGCCCUGCAGUCUGCCAAGAUGCGGCAGCACGUUUACACCAAAGGAGAAUACGACGCCGUGCUCCUUGUGUACGACGUUUCGGAUCGAAAUAGCUUCGAGAAGAUCCAAGAACUCCACGCAGAGGUACCUCUUGGUAGUGAUCAUGGCAGCAAGCAUCACAAGAGGCAGAGAUCGCACAUUUCACGAAGACAUUCCGGUCCGCCAACGGAGGCCCUGCAGAGGAGGAACAGCGCGAUGAGCUUCUUCAAUGCGGGCGGUGGUUUGGUUGGCGUUGAAGAGGAAGUGGAGGCUAAGAAAGGCUCAAGAGGAGUCGUGGUUGCGCUAAUCGGCAACAAGGCUGAUGUUGAUGAUGAAGAUUGUGAUCAGAUUGAAAAGACCGUUGAGGAGGACGGCUCCCAGGAGCAGGAUUAUGAUGAUGACUGCGAGUCUGCCCUUGCCGUCUUCGGCGACGCCCUUCAGCGCGACCCUCGCGAUGAAGUCAGAUUCGGCGCAACAUCUUCGGUCCUGGGAAUCACCAGCAGACCAAAGCCCUCUCACGCUGAAAGUUCCGAAACUGUUGAACGGUGGCUCCAGAUUGUCGGGAGGGCGGUCGAGGAAGGAAAAGAAGGUGCCCACGAUGUCCUAGCUGUCCCAGAACCACCGGCAAGCAAGUCCAAACCGGGGAGAUUGGUCUCCAAAGCCGAGGGUGAGGAUCUGGCCAGAUCAUUGCAGCUGCAGGUUCCGUUCCUUGAGACAAGCGCCAGGACAGGGGCAAACGUCGACGAGGCAUUCGAAUCAGUCGUGCGCUCGGUCCUGGGCCGGAACCACACGCAUUCAACCACAGAGCUUGCCAAGAGGUGCAGGGAGAGGCACGAGGCUGAGCAGCAGAAGCGUGCCGGUGUCAGCCGGGCGCCAAAACCCGGGGAUCGGACUACAAGCAGCGCAGGACCAGGGCGCGCACAGGAACAUCACGGCCGCUUGGCUUUGGAGACUAAGCUGGAUAGGCACGGGCAUACUGCCCACCUUGAGCGCCCUGCACCUGUCCAACAUGUCCCUAGCCGCGAGAACAUUACACGCCGGGAGAGCUUUAUGGGCCGCAUGCGAAGGAUGCUGAUGCAUGAAGAGCCACGUGAAAGGGAGAACAUCCGAGGCUCUAGGAACAAUUCUCCUAUACGGUCUUUAUAG